ACGUUGCUCAUCCUGAGAAUGUUUUAGAAACCUCAGCAGGGUAGUGUUGAUUCAACAUAUAGCUUCCUGUAAGCUGCAACUUAUGAAAAGAACAAGGAGGAAGAGAAAAUAGGGUUAAUUCUUUGUCAUAGGAACUGGUUAAGUUCUAAAACGCAAAUGAAGAGACUCAGACUUUUUUGAAAACUGUUGCACCAUCCGAGUCUUGGGGAACUGAGGGCUUUUAAGCCUCCAUUUUCUAGUCUCUUUGUGUUCAAACCUAAGUUGUUAAUUGUCUGAAACAUCGGACUAAAAUGUUGGGGAAACGUAAACGCGUGGUGUUGACAAUUAAAGACAAACUUGACAUUAUUAAGAAGCUUGAAGAAGGCAACUCUUUCAAAAAACUUUCUGUUCUGUAUGGAAUUGGUGAAUCCACAGUUCGUGACAUUAAAAAAAACAAAGAAAGAAUUAUAAACUAUGCCAACAGUUCAGAUCCUAUUAGUGGAGUGUCCAAACGUAAAUCUAUGAAGUCAUCAACUUAUGAGGAGCUUGAUAGAGUUAUGAUAGAAUGGUUUAAUCAACAGAAAACCAAUGGGAUUCCAGUGUCUGGGACUAUCUGUGCAAAACAAGCCAAGUUCUUUUUUGAUGCAUUGGGUAUGGAAGGUGAUUUUAAUGCCUCAUCUGGCUGGCUAACUAGGUUUAAGCAGCGCCAUGGUAUUCCAAAGGCUGCUGGUAAAGGAACAAAAUUAAAAGGGGAUGAAGCUGCUGCCAGUGAAUUUUGUGGUAACUUUCAGGAAUUUGUGGAAAGAGAAAAUCUCCUACCAGAGCAAAUAUAUGGUGCUGAUCAAACAGGAUUGUUCUGGAAAUGUCUACCCUCAAGGACAUUGGCUUUUGACGCUGACCAGAGUGCUUGCGAGUACAGGACAAGCAGAGAAAGAAUCAUUAUUAUGUGUUGUGCAAAUGCCACAGGCUUACACAAGCUUAAUCUUUGUGUUGUGGGGAAAGCAAAGAGACCCCGUGCAUUCAAAGGAACUGACCUUUCAAAUCUUCCUGUCACUUACUUCAGUCAAAAGAGUGCAUGGAUAGAGCCAUCUGUGUUCAAACAGUGGUUUGAGAAGUGCUUUGUGCCACAAGUGCAGAAGCAUCUGAAAUCUAAAGGGCUUCGAGAAGAAGCAGUACUGCUUUUAGAUUUUCCCUCAGCACAUCCAACUGAAGAACUGUUGUGCUCAGAUGAUGGCAGAAUAAUUGUGAAAUAUUUACCACCAAAUGUCACAAGUCUGAUUCAACCUAUGAGCCAAGGAGUUUUAACCACAGUCAAAAGAUAUUACCGAGCAGGACUUAUCCAGAAAUAUAUGGAUGAAGGAAAGGACCCAAAAAUGUUUUGGAAGAAUUUGACUGUGUUGGAUGCAAUUUAUGAGGCAUCAAGAGCCUGGAACAUGAUAAGAGCAAAUACCAUAACCAAAGCUUGGAAAAAACUGUUCCCUGGCAAUGAAGAAAAUUCAAAGAUGAGCAUUGAUGAAGGAGCCAUUUUAGCAGCUAAUUUAGCAACAGUUUUACAGAAUACAGAAGACUGUGAACAUGUUAACAUUGAGAAUAUUGAGCAAUGGUUUGAUUCUCAGAGCAGUGGCUCAAACUGUCCCGUGUUAGCUGACAUUGUAGGUGCUGAAGACCAGGCACCUACUUUUGCUGCUGAGCAAAAGCCUUCCAGGAAGACUAGGAAGGCAGAACUGAAUCCAGAGAAGUAUAUUAGCCAUAAAGUUGCACUUGAAUGGACUGAAAAUUUGCUGGAUUAUCUAGAACAACAAGAUGACAUGCUACUUUCUGAUAAGCUGGUAUUACGGAGGCUUCGGACCGUUAUAAGACGAAAACAAAGGAUUCAAAAUAAAAGUCAUCUAUAGUACUCCCUUCUCUUGCUAUGUAUAUUCAUCUCUGUGACCUUUGUCUGUAGUGGAAUUUAUCUAAAGCCAAAUAAAUGUUACAGAUGAUUUUAGAAUUAAA